AUGAAACAGACUUAAUUCCUCUAUUAAGAAUCUAUAAAAGAACAAAAGGAAUCUAAAGCACAAGUUAAAAAGGUUUUUAUUAUUGUUAUCAGUAAUAGUCAAAUGGAAAUUAAAAGCUAAACAUUUCAGAAAAGUAAUUUGGAGAUGGCCCAAAUUAAUCAACAAUCUACUCAAUAGUCAAUUUGGCUAUGUAAUUUUGAUUAAUAUUAUGUUUUAGUAACGAAAGUCAGAACGAAAAGGUUUUAUUCCCUUCAUCUUUGAUUGCACAAUCCUCUAAAAUCAAACCUUAAGUUAUAGUUAACAAAAAUACAGAAAUAGCGAGAAGUUUAAAGAAGCUAAAGCCUCUAUCCACUCCAGAUGCUACUUCUGAGUUAAUAUAAUUAGGAAAGGGGAAUAGCUAUGAUCUAAAUUUGAAUGGUCCGAAACUAUAAGUAUAUCUAAAGCAAUUGAAUAAAUUAACUGAUGGACUAUUCAAGAAAUCUUAAACAUAUUUAUUAUUUGGAUCAAUUGAAUAAAAAAUCAGGCAAAAUACUGUGUUGUGCAUAUUGCGUAUCCAAAAAUUAAAAUUUUUUAAUGAUUACAAUUCUAAAAAUCAUAAAAAUCCAGCAUUAUUUUGUUGGGAAGCUGUGUACCGAAAGUAAAGCCUGAUGAAGACUCUCCCAAAGGAUUAUUAUGGAACUUAAGGUGAUCUACUCGAUUUUAUUUAUACAAAACAUGGCAAUGAAAUUGUUGAGAUAGUGUUAUGGAAGGUGAAAAAUAAUGAAGAAGUAUAUAUGUUUAAUUUCAUUUUUAGAAAUAUGUAGGAUAAUUUGAUUUGAUAAAUGAAGAUUAUUUUGGGGCAAAGGAAAUACUUGAUUAUUAGAAGAAGGUGAUAAGUGAAAAUUAUGUGGAAAAGGAGAUGUUUAAAACUAUGAAAUAAACCAAAUCCUAUAUUGGGAAUGUGUAAUUUUAAAUAGUUUUAUUUGGAAGUAAUAAGAUACCCUAAAGUAUGACUUGAUAUUUUAUCACAAGGUAAAUACUCUGGAAUUCCUGGUUCUCCAAAAACAGAAGAGGAAAGAGCAAGACAUAGGUUGAUUGAUUAGGCCAUGUCGGGACAGGAGUAUAGAUGGUUUAUUGAUGAGAAUGAUAAAUUAGUGAUUCAGAAAAUCGAUACGAUUACUUUAGAAAUUGUUGCAGAGUGUAGUCUUGAGGUAGUUACAACCGAAUGUGGAUAGUUGACAAUAGUUUAUGAAUAAAAAUAUAAUAAUCCAGAUCUUAAUGGUAGAUCUAGGCCAAAUUCAAGAUAAAUGAGAAAAUAACAUUUUGAUGCCACUAUGGCAUUAAUUUAGGAAUUGGACAGAAAUGGAUAAUUCACUGAAAUAUAAGCUAAUCUUAGAGCUCUUAGUAGAUAAGGAAGAUUAUCUAAAGGAGCCAUUCAAGAUGCCUUGUAUCAAAUGGGAUGUACUGCUAACCAAUUAUUAUUAACUGAAUGUGGAGAAUUUGGGGAUUGUUUAAUGGAUUUUCUAUUAGUGACUGACGAUUUAGCUGGAGUUCUCGAAGCAAUGCAAGAAAUUAAGUUGUUAGGAGAAGAUGAAUUAAACUUAGAGAAUUUUUCUAAUAAUUUAUUUUAACUUAUUGGUUAACACUUGAGAAAGAAUACAAAUUUAAAAGCAAUUAUUUCCUUUAUUAAAGCAUUGGAAAAGAAACCAGAAGUUGCUAUUUUGAUACAAAAUUAUUCUUAUGCCUCUGAAAAUGUAUUAACCAACCAGCCUCCUUUCUUACAAUGUAAUAAAUUAUAAUAAUGUAAUAGAUUUCAAUCCAAAGAAUUAUGAACACGUAAUGGUUUUGGGUAAGUUGAAUAAAAUGGUUGAGCUGUUUAAGAUAGAGACUAAAUUUACAAAAGCUUUAAAACAGGCUCAUGUAGAGGCAAAGAAAUCCAUAUAUUUUGAAAUUCCUUGUUUUCCUAAAGAUCAAAAUUUAGAAAAGAAAGCUGAAUCUUUAUAACUGAAAUCAAUUGGGUAGAAUAUUAUCCAUGAAAUUGUGAGAAGAUAAAAAUGGGAAAAGAGUCAUAUGAUAUUUGAAAAAUAUCCUGAGUGGUUUUUUGUUGCUGAUUUCUCAGGAACUACACCAUUUUCUAGCAUGUUAGAAAAAGCACCAUAUGAUGUACUUCAGUCCCUUUUUAAUGCCUAUCCCACAUAAUUAAAUACCAUUUUUUAACAAUUCAAUCCAUAUUAAGAGGCAGAUAUAGGGAAUGUUCCAAUCAAGAGAUUAAAAAAUUCAAAUGAUGAAGGCGAAGGAGGGCAAUAAACAAAUAAAUAAAAUAAGGCAAAAUAAUAACCUUUUAAAGGGUUGGUUUCGUAAAAAGAAUAUCGAAAAAACAUGGUACAUUCUGUAAUUUUAAAUCGAAAUUUAACAACAUAAGAGAUUUUCGAAAUAUUAAAAACUAUUGAAUUAUUAAUUAAUCAAUCAAAUAAUAACAAUUUCUCAAUUAUCAGAACUCAAAAAUUAGGAGCUGGAGAUUUCACACCUCUUGGUUUGUACUUAGAAGUAAUAAGAUCGAAAUGUAAGAAAAAGUUGGAUAAAGUUCAAAGAGAAUUUGGUACAUCUUUGUUUAUUUGUUAACUGCUAAUGCCUGACUAACAUUAGCCAUAAGAAGAAUAAGGAAAGAGUGAAGUCUUGUUUAAUUGGGAUAGUAAGAGUUAAUUCAUUAUUUAAUCAAUAAUUUCGAAGUUACCAGAAUCCUUAUUCUAAUAAAUUGAUGGGUUACUUCGAUUUAUGUAAUGGAUUCCAUCUUUGGAAUAGUUAAAAUCUAUUAGAUAUAUAAAUUUACCUAUCAGAUUCUUGAUUAAACAUAAAUAGCAAUAAAAGCUAAUCCUACUUUUACAAUAAAUGUAUAAUGAGGUUAAGCAAAUGGAAUAUGACCCUAAUAAAUUAGAUUCAGAUGAAGUUCUUUAAAUAAUUUAUUAUUUUUAAAUUUAGAUUCUCAUGUUGCUGGAAAUAAGAAAUCUAAAAACGUAAUAGUUAGAGUCAAUAUCAAGUUUAAUCGUACAUCAAUUAACAGAUUUUUCAUCAUCAUAUACAGAAAUUUUAGUAGUUCCUAUGCCAACAAAUAUUAUAUCAUCCUAUUAUCAUAUCAAGUGUGUAUACAAAGGAAAUCCAGGAACCUUAUUGGAACUUUUAAAUUUGGUUUAGUUCAAUACACUAAUUACAGAGUUAGAGUUUAAGAAUUUAGACAGAUUAGAUACCAAAUUAUUGGGAAAAGCAUUAUCAAAUACCAAAGACAAAGAACCUUUGAAGGAUUUAAUCAAAUUACUCUUAAUUAAGGAUUAAAAUAAGAACGAUCCUGAGAAACUUGAUUAUAACAGCUAGGAAUUUUCAAUAAUAAUAAAUCCAAAUAAAAUCUUAGAUGAAAAUGCAGAUUUCUAUAGAUAUGAGUUAGAUAAAAAAUAGGUUGAAAAAUAUCUAGUUAUGCUAAAAGCUGAUAAAGUCCUAUCAUUGUUAUAUGAUGAUUCAUAGUUUAGCAGAAUUGCUCAUUCUUUGAUUUUAAAUUCCUUUUCUACAAAAAAGUCUGUUGGCAUAACUUAACAGCAAAUUAUGCUUUGGAUUAGAAAUAAUGAUUUAAAAAUAAGUCCAAAAUGGAAAAGACUUUACAUUGACUAUUUUCGAAAUAAAAUGGACCUAUAUUUUAUGCAUUGCCUUAUAGACAUCGAAAUUCCAAAAACAAAGAGAACAUAUAUAAACUAGCAUAAACUUUAACCGUAUAUAGCUGCAUAGGGAAACAGUUGGGCAUCUCUAUUAAACUUCAAAUAAUUUACUCAAGCUCUAAAAGAUAACAUCCAGUUUGUUGACAUCGAAGAUUCUAUUAGAGCUGUAGCUAUUAAUGGAUAAUAUGAUAGAGUUGAGAUCCUAAUUCCACAUAUAAAGGAUCCUUAAAUUUUGCGUUAAACAAUACAAUUAGUCAGCAUUAUAGCACAAAGUCAACUCACAUCAUAAUCAGAAUAUAGAAAUUACACUAAAAGAAAACUAUGCACCAUUUAAGAUAUACUGUAAAGUGAAGAUGAAGGCGAAGAUGAUGAGUAAAAAACUAAAAGAACAAUUCCAGAAAAUUUAAAUAAAUAGGAAUUAAAAAAAUUGUUAAGAGAUCGUCUUGAUGAAGAUUAAAAGCCUAAUUAAUACGGAUAUUUUAGACAUAAAACAAUUUUAAAUUAGUAUGUUAUUCAUAAUUUUGAACUUAUUCAAUUUAAACCAAAAAAUACAAAUAAGCAGUAAAAAGAGAAAUGGAAAAUAGAGAAUGUGAAAUUUCCAGAAGUUUUAGAUUAAAUCAGAACACCAGUAUCUGUUUCAAGUUAAUUAUAAGAAAUGAACUCCAAUAUACAAAUUGAAUUUGAUUAAUAUCUUAAGUUGUAAUAUCCUAAAUAUGAGAAAAUAGAUUUGAAUAAAUUUGAAUAACAAUUUGAAAAAGAUGUUUUAGCGUUUCGAUAUCUAAAAAAUUGGAAAUAAGCAAUAUAAAGGCAAAACAUAAGUUCUCUUUUCAGUUAAGGGUAUUAGGAAUCUGAUAAAUUCUCUUAUAAGAAUGUAUUAAACUUAUUAAUGAACGAAUCAAAAAAAUAUGGAGUUCGAUUGUGUUAGAAGGAUGAGGAUUAUGAAAUAAUUCUUUAGAUGUUGGUUUUUUACAGAUUUAUAACAGUUGAGGAUUAUAUCAAUCAAAUUAUUUCAAGUAACAAAGAAGACAAAAUUAAGAAUAAUCUACUUUUUGUUAUUUUAGAAUAAAUUCUGAAUUGCAAAGGUAACAAAUAAUUUGAAAUCUAUUAAAUGAAAAAUUAAGAUAUUUACAUCAAAUUGAUUUCAUUGAUUAUUAAAAAUUUAAAAAUUUUCGAUGAAGAGGAUUUAGAAUUUAUGAUUAACAAUAUCAUAAAACCUAUAUAGCUUAUGCUUGAAAAGAGUUAAAAAAUCAAUUUAAAUCCUUUAAAAAUUUACAAAGUGAAGCUGGCAGGUGAAAUUUUAGUGAGAUUGGAUUAAACGCGAAUAAAGGAUUAAUUCAAAGACAAUAUUAUUAACUUAGCAAAAAUUAUACGAGAUAAGAAUUUGAAGGAUAAAACAUUAUAAUAAUUUGCUAAUGGAUAUUUACCACAAUAGGCUCAAGAAAUUAAAUAAAAAAGAGAAACACCCAAAGACAUCAUAUCAUCAUUCAAGAAGAAAACUUUGGAUGAAAUGCUAGAAUAAGUUGAUCUCACUUAUUAUGUCUCAAAAUUUUCUGAUAGAGAUUGUGAAGAUAUUUUUUAAGAACUUUUUAAACUACCUCGAGAUUGGAAUAAAAAAUAAGACUUACUGAAUAAAUUUGAUCGAAAAUUAAUUGAAUCAUUAAUUUUUUAUAGGAGAUUUAAGACCUAUGACACCUUGAUUCAUUAGAUCUUGUUAAAGAAAAUAUGUAAAAAUUAUUCAGAUGAGUAAUAAUUAAAAAAAUAAUUUCUUCUAUUUUAAGAGUAUGAUAUUAAAACUGAAAAAUCCAAAUCUAAAAAAGAAGCAAAAGAUAAAGUGGAGUUAGGAGCAGAUGACACGGUUGUAUAAGAACCAAAUGAUAGGAUCGUUUAAGAAGUAAAUGAUAAGGUAAUUUAAGAAGUAAAUGGUGAACAAGAGGCAAAUGAAAAGUUUAAAUAAUAAGCAACUAAAAAUAAAGGGGCAAUGACUACACAAGAAUCUAUGGCCAGUAUAGCAGCCUAAUUUGGAUUCUAUGAAUAUUUUGAUACUCUCCAUAGGUUGAAUGUAAGACUAAAAGAAAUGUAAAAAUUCCCUUGCAUUAGAUUUAUGUUGGAGACAAAUGAUUAAUUAUAGACUUUAGCUGAGGAAUUCGAAAAAAGAGAUUUUAAUUAUCUUAGUAAUUGUAUUAAAAUGAUGAGAUAUUUAAGAUUAAACCAUUAUGAGGCAAAUAGUUUUUCAUUAUAUUUUGUUAAUGAGAUCAUGUAGAGUUUCUUAAUUUAAGAUGCUUCAUAAAUAUCUACUCCUUGUUUGAACAUUAUUAAACAAUAUCUAAUGAUUAAAGGUAGAUCAUAGCAAAUUUGGUAAGACUCAUUAAUUUAAAAAAAAUUAUAAAUUGUAUAUCCAAAAUAUGUGAAGAUGGUUUUCUCAAAAAGAAUUUAAGAACAUUCUUUAAUUAGAUUGAAAAUAAGUGGAAUUGAAAAGGGAGUUAAAUUCUGUUUCCCUUCAAAUUAUGAUCCUGAGAGCAAUUAAUAUUCUAUUUCAAAAGAAGAUAUACGUAGGACUUCAACACAAAGACCUAUGGUUUCAAUUGAUUAAUAUAUUGAAUGCUUAGAUAAAAAUCAUCCUUUAAGAUUAGAUAAUGAAAUGAUAAAUGAUCCUGAAUUUUAAAAAAUUUUAAAAAUACUGUAAUUACCCUAUUAGAAUUAAGAAAUUUUGGUAGAUAAAAUUAAUGUUAUUUAAUUUUUGAAAUAGAUACUUUACCAUGAUCAUGAAAUCUAUUAUUAUUUGCUAAACUUCCCUUUGUUUUGGUAUGAUUAAUAAAUACCCAAAAAUAAUUUAAUCAUUUAUACUUUUUUUUUCGAAUUAGAACUUGGAUUGGUCUUUUUUAGAGCUUUAUUAAUAUCUGAACCAAGAAAAUUAGAUUUAGUGUUAAAUAUUUAUUUUUAUUCCUUAAGAGAUUAUGUAACCGAUGAAGGUGAGAACUUAGAUGAGGACAGGGAACAAUAGAAAUAUAAUAUUGAUAGCGAUUGGGAAUUUUACGAACAGGAAGUAACUGAUAAUGAAGGAGAAGAUGCUGAAUAAUAAGGUUAAGUUGAAUAAGAUAAGGCAAGAAGUCAAGCAUAUAAUGAAUAGAUUUCUAAUGAUGAACAAGGACAAGAGGUAAGUAAAAAAAAGAAAAAAAAAAAAGUACUCAAGUAAAAGGUUAAAGAUUAUAUAGAAUUAAAGAAAGGAUUAAGAAGAGCUAUCACAAAGAAAUGCUCUUAUUAAGUCAGAUUCUAAAUUUAUCUUUAAUUAUUAUUACUUGCUGCCACUAAUGAGGAAUCCUUUUCGCAGGUUCAAAAAUAUUUAAUAGAAAAUAAAGCAUUGCCUCCUUUAUAGCAACCAAAAGUGAUGGAUCCACUAGUGUAAUCUAGAUUAGUAGAAUAGGGAUAUAAAUAACAUUCUUAUAAAUAAUUAAUCGAAUAAUUUGACUAAGGAAUUAUAUAAUUAUCUUAAUAAUAGCUUGAGGAUAUUACACAUCUAAAAGAUAUUAUGAAAUUCAAUCAAACAAUAAAGGAAAAAUAGUAUAGCAUUGUGUUUUAGUUUUUAAUCUUCCAAGUAUACAAUAGCCAAUAUUCAGCCUACUAGAAUAUUAUUGAUAAGUUAUUAGAUCAUCCUGCUUAUACAUGUUUGUCCAAAUAAAAAAAUUAAAUAUUCUCAAGUUCUCUCUAUAAUGAUAAGCAAUUUCAAGAUGAAAUAAUCAGUUAUCAUAUAAAAAAUAGAUUAAUAAAGGACUAGAAGAUCUACGAGAUUAAGAGAAUAUAAAUGAGAAGAGAUUUUGUAGAUAAGUUCUUUGAAGCAAAAUCUAAUCAGUAAUUUACAAAUGACAAAUGGAUACAUAUCAUUUGUUUAUUAAAAUAUUGUUCUGAAUUAGAAAAUCAGUUUCUUGAUUUUGUUAUCCAAGAGAAUAAAAAAAAAUAUCAAGUUAUUUUUAAUAUAGACUAAUAAAACAUGCAGAAAAAUUAUGAAUAUGGUUAUUAAGCAGCAGACACAUUCAAUUCAUCAUAUUUCUUUAAGUUCGAAAUAGCUAAUAAUUUCACCACUCCAACUUAUGAAUACACAAAGAAGAGAUCUAAAUAUCAUGGAGGCUUGUUUUCUUAUAUCUUUACUGUUGAUAUAACUAUAAAUAUCUUGAGAAGUAAAAAUCCUAAUAAUCCAUUUCCAAUACCUUAAUUGAAUUCAAAAACUUAUGAUGAAUUGGAAAAGAUGUUUAGAAUUUAUAUGUUUGAUUUCGUUUCUUAUUUGUUUCUUUAAGAUUAAGUACACAGAUUUAUUGAAAUGUAUCGAAUAUCUGAGGCUGACUAAGUUGAUAGCUCCUUAGUACACAAGAAGUUAACAAUAGAAAAUUAUUUGCAACUAUAGGAUGUUCAACUAGUGAAAUAAUAUUAUUUAGAUGAUUCUAUUAAAAGUUUUUACAGAAAUUUAAGCGACAAAUAGAGUUUAAGAUAAUACAUUGAAUAAAGCGAAAAUGAAAUUAAUGAAAUAAACAAUAUUGAAUAUUAUCAAGGAAAGUUGUCAUACCCAAAUCCAAGAAUUAUUAGAGAAAUUAAAAUUCGAUUAAAUGAAAAUGUUUACAGUAAAUUAAGGUUUUAUUUAUAUCUUAGCUCUUCCGUUUAGUAAUUACAAGCCUAGAAUUCAUAACUAAUACAAUUAGAAGAUUGAAUUAGAUUUAACGUUUCCAGAGUUAUAUCCAGUUACUAUAUUAUAAGUUUAUAAAUACAUUCCUGAUAUAAUUACUGAAGUAGAAUCAAUUCAAAAAUUUGAUUCGUUGUCAAUUCUAUAUUCAGCUUGCGUAAAUAUUAAUAUAAAAAUUAAGAUUGAACUAAACACUUAUUCAUAAUUAUUAUAUGAUUUCAUGACUAACAUGCCUAGUAUGGAAGAGCUUUAAGAGGAAAAUCCAAAACCUAGAGAUGUCAUUUGGCCACUUGUGCAAAAGAAAAACAAUUUAGCAAAAGGAUAUUCAGAUAACUUUAUCUAUACUUAUUUUCCUGAAUCUAUCCCAAUAUAUUUAAUUUUGUUUCUAACUGAAAAUUUGAAAAUUGAAUUAAAUCACAAAAUUUAGUUUACCUUAAAUUGCUUAUCCUUUACUGAAAUCAUUUUAAUUAAAUUAAUUCGAAUAAUUCAAUAAAGCACUGGGAAAAGUAUAAAAUAUAUCACAUAAAAUAGAAUGUAAAAUGGGCACUGCAAUUAAAACACUUCAGGAAUGGCUUUGGCUUAAGAAAAUAUUGAUUACUAUUGGAAAUAUUAUUGUUGAGAACGAUUUAAACAAAUUCAUAGCAUACUAUGUUGAACUCGAUGAAAUUCAUCCCAGUUCUGUAAUUUAUUUUUAAUAUGUUUAAAGGCUUUUCAAAUAAAAUCUGAUAAGCUUCAAGGGAUGGAUUAAUUAUUUAGAUUUGGUAAAACUCAGUUCUUUGUACAUUCGAGUGUCCUCAUUAUUAGAUUAAAUAUUGCCUUGGUUUCUGAAAACCUACAAUCAAAGCCCAACUCAAAGAACUUUAAGUUGCAUCAAAUGAAAAGUAGAAUGUUCUAAGACGAUAAAGAGAUCGAUGUAUAAUAUUACUAAUAUCUAUUUAGAAAUAUAUGUAAUUUAUUAUCACUUUUGAAGAUAUGUUAAAGUAAAUAUUCAACAAAAUUUGA